CCAAAGGCUAAGCUGAAAGAUGGAACAGAGUGUCUCGGAGAGAAAACCCACCAUCACCCCGACUGCAGACUUCGAUGUAAUGGGUGCCUUAGACUGGAAAGACGGCAUUGCUACCUUGCCAGGUAGCAACAUACAAGGGGAGCUGAUCCCGGGACUGUUGUUCUGCAUGCCGGAUCUUUAUACCUUGAGCUUGAAAAGACAGUCUCCAGUCUGUCCUGAGGAGGCGGCUCUGUGAGCUAGACUGUCUGAUCCACCUUUGGGUCAGUACCCCAUUCCAGUGAAGGGAUCUCUCCUAUUUGUUAGACUUCUACAAGUAGGAUUUUUCAGAGGCCACCCUGAAGAAAGAAGAAUUCCGUUUAAGUGAGUUUGGAACAUUAGAAAUCAUUACUGAAGCAGAAGCCAUAAAAACUCUCUUGGCUCCAGCAAUAAAUGCCAGCAUAGCCGGCCUUAACCUUGGUGCUUCCACUCCGGCUGCUACCAACACCACUGCUGCCUCUGAUGCUGAUUCUGAAGAGCCCAAAGACAACGCGCCUAGUUCUGACCUCUCAGCCUGUGAAAACUGGGGGCAAAUGGACUGCUUGGAGAAUGGGAAGUUUUGUACUCGAACCUGCUCUCAGCAGCAUAAAGACCAUGACUCUAAAGACAUCCAAGCUGAUUGCAGAAACAGAAUAAGCAGCAGAAACCUUAACGUCAGCAUUGGCUGCCAGGUUAAUGAGGCUGACAGACCCCUCAAGCGACUCCGAAGGAAGAGGAAACUUCUUCUGGAUUCUGAGGAUGAGGACGAAAAUAUAGAUGAUGAUGAGGAGAAGAAUAAAUCAAAUAAUAUGAAAAGCCGCAGAAAUACUAAACCUCUAAAACAAGUUGUUCCUGGAAAGAAGACGGUGUGGAACUGGGUUUCUUACUUGGAAGAGGAACAGAUGCCAGCUGCUCCCCUAAAACUGUUCAAAGAGUAUCAAUCCUUCCCACAAACUAGGAAUGGAUUUAAAGUUGGAAUGAAGUUAGAGGGACUGGAUCCUGGACACCCAUCUUUAUUUUGUGUCCUCACCAUUGCUGAGGUGCAGGGAUACAGGAUGCGGUUACAUUUUGAUGGUUAUUCUGAGUACUAUGACUUCUGGGUUAAUGCUGACUCUCCAGAUAUCCACCCUGUUGGCUGGUGUGAAAAGACAGGUCACAAGCUGCUCUCUCCGAAAGGUUACAAGGAAGGGGAAUUUAAUUGGGUUUUGUAUUUGAAGAACUGCAAAGCUCAAGCAGCCCCGAAAAACCUUUUCAAGACCCUCAGCACACCUGUCACACCAUCUGGUUUUCGGGUGGGAAUGAAACUAGAGGCAGUGGACAAAAAGAAUCCAUCUUUGAUGUGCGUGGCAACCAUCGCUGAUAUGUUGGAUAACCGGCUGCUAAUUCAUUUUGACAACUGGGACGAGAGUUAUGACUAUUGGUGCGAUGCUAGCAGCCCGUAUAUUCGUCCUGUUGGUUACUGCCAAGAAACUGGCACCCCACUGACAACACCACCUGAAUACAAGGAUUCCAAAAGCUUCUCAUGGGAGAAAUAUUUGGAAGAAACCAGUUCCCAGGCAGCCCCAGCAAGAGCAUUUAAACUGCGUCCAGCCCAUGGGUUCCAGGUUAACACAAAGCUAGAGGCUGUGGACAGGAGAAAUCCCAUGUUAAUAAGAGUGGCAACAAUAGCUGAGAAGGAGGACCAUCGUAUCAAGAUACAUUUUGACGGUUGGGACCACAGCUAUGAUUUCUGGGUCGACGCAGACAGCCCUGACAUUCACCCUGUGGGCUGGUGUGCAAAAACCGGACACACCCUGCAGCUCCCGCUAGGUGCUGCUGAUAUGAUGGGAGUAGCAGGGCAGGGGUGUCCUACCCCCGGCUGCCAGGGUAUUGGUCAUGUCAGGGGACCCCGAUAUGGAACACAUUAUACGUUAGUUGGCUGCCCGUAUUCCGAAGUUAACCUCAACAGAGAAAGCUCAUUACAGGAUCGCCUCAGUGGGGAGAGGCCUUCACCCAGCAACAGUGUCCAGAAGCCCAAGAGACCAGAGACUCCUGCUCCAUUCAUAGACCCACAGGAGGACUCUCCACAGCCCAGAAAAUCUUCCAUGCAAGAUAGCGAAAGAUCGGGUCGAAGCAGCGUCCACAGUCUGUCAGAGCAGUCUGAAAACAGUCAAGAGAAGCAUUGGAUUGAAGAGGAAUCAUCUGCAGAUACCCUCGCCAAACCAAAAAAGGUUGGGUGCUCGCAUGCCUAUAGAAAGCUCCAGCUAGUGAAACAGGAAUACGAAGGGAAAGACACAGAAUUCACUCUGCAGCAGGCCCUCCAUCAGUCUGUCUUCAUGCCCUCCCUGUCCUCCAGCCCGACCCACCGCCUCCAUCUCUGCUGGGAGCAGCACUGCAGGCUGCUGCCGGAGGUUUCGGGCCUCACUGCCAGGAGCGUGGCCAAAUGGACCGUGGAAGAGGUGGCUAGCUUUGUCCAGCGUUUACCUGGCUGUAAGGAACAAGCUUCAGUAUUCAGGGAAGAGCAGAUAGACGGUGAAGCCUUCCUCCUCCUGAACCAGGCGGACAUAGUUAAAAUACUGAGCAUUAAGCUGGGCCCUGCACUGAAAAUCUACAAUGCCAUCCUCAUGUUCAAAUCCGCAGAAGAAGACUGAGGAGAUCCCUCUGAUGCAGGCCGAGAGGGGACAAAGAGGAACAGGGGGAACGCAUCAGCAACCGAGUGCUUAGUGCCUGCUUUACACAGUGCUGAAUAGACUGACCGGAACAUUUGUAAGCAGGGCCUGAUCACGUUUCAGACUGACUUAAAGUGAAACCCGUUGAAAGGAUAUCGAAGAUGUAAAAAUCCUGCCCCAGCCUGGGAUGGAGGUGCUGUCACUUCCAGGAAGAGGAGAUGAUUAUAUUUUCUAAUUGAAUUUGGUUUUGGUAUAUUGAUCUCUUUUUAAGAUCUACAAGAAACCUCCCAUUAUAAGGGGAAUCCAGGGUGAUAUUAUUAGAGGAGCUGCUAUCUCAAGCAAAUCCCUCUGAGCAAAAUGACAGUUCUGCCUAACGAUAGUGCCUGAAAGAGUCUGAAUGAUCACCAGCGUGUUCAAUAUAUUCUGGGUGUUUAAAACUUGAGGGGGACAGUAGGAGAACAAAGGGGGGCGGGUUGCACUUCAAAGCAAUGCACUUGAAUUCCUCACCACUAGGAAUCAACUGCUGGCCUUUUCUAGACUGGUUUUAAAAUCCCACAGUUCGUCUUCUUGGUCUUGGCUGUUAAGUACUCUCAGCUAAUGAGAUGCCUGCAGAUCAACAGAACCGCAGCAUUGGGGGUCAAAACGGCUCCAUCCCAGAGAUGGUUUAUGUUAUUUUUGGAGAGAGCUCUAAGAUAGGCCAGUGAUUGGAAGAAGUUCUCUUUUAAGACAGGCAGUGGUUGGGCAGAGAUCUCCACUGAAGGAGUGGACACGCUAAAGGUAUUUAGAAGAAUGAUCCUAGCUCAUGCAUUCCCACGAGGGAUAGUUUGGACUAUUGUCAUCUCUAUACCAUGGAGAUCUUACUGAGAAAUGACAUGGUAAAGAGCAUUCAUGAAUUUGGUGGUCUCAUUAAGACCCUCACCACCUUAAGAGCAGCACCAUGUUUAAACAAUCAUGUUUAAACCCAGUUGUAGCUAGCAUGGCUCUCCUCCCAUUGUGAACAGGACCCCCUAAAAACAUUUGCUUUAGUUUUUAAACAGCAGGCACUGUGUUGAAUGACUAAAGCUUGUCAUGACACUGUCAUGUCAGGGUUCCUCGGAGCGUUCCAGCAUCGCUGCAGGCAGAAUUGGCAGAGAAGGCUCCUUGGAUGAGGCUGAGGAUUUGAAUGGAAAGGGAAAAGUGCCUUUUGCAUGCAGGGGUGAGAAGAGGCUUCUGCCGAGAGAGAAUGGGAACAGAGCGAGGCAGCCACCUCUGCUUAAAAUUCCCUACCCCCAACUUGCCAAUGGCACCAGACAUUCUGAGCAUAUUUGGGGAAGGCAGAGAUUCAAAUAAGGGAACUAGUUUGUCCAGAAUGAGACAGGUAGCAAUCGUAUCGGGGGGGACAAAAGUGUGUAGCUAUGUCCUUGUGCAAUACAUAACAAUCCACACACUUUGGUACCAAUAAAGUACUGGCAAUAUUUCCUGCUCUUCCAAAA